AUGGAUUCGCAACCGAACAAGAGGCGUAGCAUUUUUGGCCUGGCCACCAAUCUCUUCCGCGGCUCCUCUGCGCCCGCCGACGACUCGGAUUACAAGAUCGAGUCCCCCCAGCAGAAUGGCAUGAACAAGGCACAGUCCGUCCUGCGCAUCGACUUCAACAGCGCAACGCACGAGAGCCCUGCCAAGCGCGCGUCCGAUGCGCAGUUGGCAUCCCGCAAGCUCAUCGGCCGCCCUCAGGGCCCGUCCAGCAAGCUUGCCCAGUCCUUCUCCAGCACAGACUUCACAGAACUGUCAUCGGCGCCGCAAAAGAAGAUUACAUUCCAGGCUGCUUCGGCCACCGGCGCGACGAGGAGGAUGCCCGGUGACAAUCCCUACAAGUCGCCGGCUCCCGUCACAGGCUCCAAGGGGCUGGUUGUCAGCGGAAAAGGUGCGAAGGCAGCCAGCUUCUCUGGAACCGCUACGAGCACAGCACCGAGCAACAUCUUCCGUGCUGGCACUCCUUCCCUUUAUCAGCGGCCCAGCGGCACGACCUUUGCUCCGCGCAUCGUCCCUGGCGGCUUAAAUAGCAGCCUUCCCCAGACCACCCCCGGUCGCACUUCCCGCCAUUCAACCGCUGAGCUCCUUGGUGCCGUCCCGGUCAACACGGAGCUUUUCAAGAUGAGAAUCCCCGAGCCUCCUCGUCACUUGACUGGCGAGGUACUGGCUAAAGAAGUCCCAGAUGAUCCCAACAGGGCCGGUUCCAUUUAUGCCGACGAGUUUUUGGCUCACUACUGCCCGCCCGAUCUCGAUGAGCAACAGAAGAAACAGUUUUUUUGCAUCCUAGACUUGAGACGACUCAAGUAUGCCGCCGAUGAGAUAUUCACCAAGAAGGACUGGAAAAUCAACAUUCUGAACUUUGCAAAGGAGUAUGAGAAGAGCCGUAGCUUGAUUAUGCUGCGGUACGGCUUGUACGAAUUCAAGACGGUUAGAGCUUCGGAAGAAGUCAAGAAGGAGUGGAGGCAAAAGCAUGGAAUUGCGGAAUCCGAGGAAGAAGCCAGCGCAUCCUCGAAUCUCAGGACACCGGCUGGCUCCAAGAGAAAGGCCGAGGAGGAAUUGUCGCCAAUUGACGGCGCCCUAAAGGCUUCCACCACUGCUGGUAACAAGCGCCCGCGCGCUCCAGAACCGACCAGCCCUUCGCCAAUCAAGCAAAAGCCUAAGCGCAAGGCCUCCAUGGUUGGAUCGCCAGACGAAGUUCAGCCUGCCAAGCUGCAAAAGGCCUCGGGAACCCCAACCAAGGCGUCCUCUGCCACCAAGUCUGUUUUUGAGAGCAUUGUCAACAACACGCCAACCGCGACAGUCAAGAAGGCCGCGACUGGUACUGCAAAGGCUGCCACGACCAAACCUGCGCUUAAAUCUGUGUUUGAAACUGCUCCCAAGCCCGCAUCCUCUGGCAAUAUCUUCGGUCAUCUCUCCGACAGCAAGAGCAGCAAUGAUGACGACGAUGCGGAUAGCGAUGCCGAGACAGCUUCCAACGUUGACGACGAUGAGGAUGAGGCCGAAGCUCAGCAUGCUGGGUCUGCCAGCACUGGUGUUGCUACUCCUCAGUUUGGACUGGGAAGCCAAGCAGCGGUGAAUGGUGGACCUAGUGCCUCCUCGGACGCCGGAGGAAGCUCCCAGGGCCGUAGUAUCUUCGAUCGUAUCACCAGAGGAUCUGACGGACAACCAAUCCGCAAGCCCCUUCCUCAAGAGGGCAAGUCUGACCUGUUCUCUGCCACUCUCAAGGAGGAUCGACCACUCAGCACAAUCCAGGAGCAAGCCUCUUCCCCUGCUCCGGUCAACAACACUUGGAACACUGAGACGCCCAUCAAGUUUUCCUCUGGCCCCAGCAACCUUUUCGGGGCUGCGGCAUCUAAGCCUGCUGCGUUGAGCAACCUCUUUGGAGCCCCCGCAGCUAAGAAGGCAGACGAGCCUGCACCCAGUAAGGAAGCCACCCAGGACUCGGAAUCCAAGAGUAUUUUCGGGGCUCCUUCCAGGAAGGCCGAUGAGCCGGUUUCCGAAUCCCCCAAGGCAUCAACGGCUUCGCUGUUCUCAUUCGGAGGAAAGACCGUUGAUACUUCCGCUUCCACGCCUUCACUCUUCGGUACUUCCGCACCAUCGGCCCCAGCGCCUGCUGCUACAAGCUCGCUCUUCGGCUCUGGCACCAGCACCCUCAUCUUUGGCCAAGCAAAGGAUACGCAGGAGUCCAAGGAGACCACGCCAGCUCCCUCUCUUUUCGGUGCUAAGCCUGCAGAGUCGUCUACGAUUGAAGCCCCCAAACCCUCGGUAUUCCAAUCAAACACGCUGUUUGGCAGUGCUCCGGCAGCCAGCGAACCAUCAAAGACACAACCAGCCAGCAUGUUCAGUAAGCCCACGUCGGCUGAAACGCAAGCGACGCAAGCUCCGGCCUCCUCGAUGUUUGGGGCCAGCGCGUCAAAGCCCGCCACUUCCAGCCUGUUCGACGCUGCCUCUGCUUCUGGAGCAGACGAGCCGGCGGCGAAGAAGUUUGCGUUCGGCAGUACUGAACCCAAGCCUGCUGCCUCUACCUUCAGCUUCGGCUCUACCACUCCCGCUCCCGAUGCUGCCAAACCCGAGACUAAGAGUCUCUUUGGCACCACCAAUGGCGCUACUCCUGCUACUGAGACGAAAAAUAUCUUUGGCAGCAGCACCACUCCGGCUCCUGUCACUGAAGUCAAGAGCCUUUUUGGCGGUACGGGUAGUGCGGCCCCUGCUACUCAGCCCACGAACCUCUUUGGCAACACUAGCGCGCCCGCAACGGAGACUAAGAAUCUGUUCGGCAACGCUACUACUCCUGCUGCUGAGACCAAGAACCUCUUUGGCAACAGCAGCACAACCGCGCCUGCAGAGACCAAGAGUCUGUUCGGUAACACGACUACCUCAAGCACACCCUCGGACUCGAAGCCUUUGUUCGGCGCCAGCACUAGCCAGCCCGAAGCCUCGAAGCCUCUAUUUGGUGCCCCCAGCAGCCAGCUCGAAGCUUCCAAGCCUCUGUUUGGUGCUACGAGUAGUCAACCUGAAAGCUCCAAGCCAGCUUCCAUCUUCGGAAAUAACAACCUUGCUCCUGCGCCUGUCCCUGCCUCAUCGAGCUUCACUUUCGGGUCCACGGCAGCCUCGACUACUACUCAACCUGCUCCGGUUGCUGCUUCUAGCUUUAGCUUCGGCUCUGGUUCUCCUGCGCACACACCUCAGCCGGGCGGUAGCUUUUCCUUUGGCGUCACACCUGCUUCGCAGCCUUCCCAGCCCGAGCAGAACGGUAACAUGUUUGGAGCCAACACUUCUUUCACGUUCUCAGCUGCGGGUAAGGAUGCUAGUGCUAUUAACAAUCCUUUUGCUGCCGGAGGCGCCGCUACUCCCACCUCGUCAUCGUUUACCUUUGGCCAGACAGGUGGUACCUCUGCGCCGUUUGUGUUUGGACAAAACAGUCAAAACAGUCAAAACACUCCAUCCAUCACCUUUGGCGGUUCCCCGGACUCUACACAACAAAACGGCAGCUCCAAUAUGUUCGCCUUUGGUGGUCAACAGCCCUCUGGGGGUGGAUCCAUGUUCAACCUGGCGCCGCCCUUAGGGGGGACAUCAACAGGUACUGAUUCCCCCAAAACCUUUGGCGGUGCCUCUAGCUUGGCCACCACGCCGGCUGUGGGGACACCAGAGCCAGUGGCUGCCGAGUCCAAGGAUGCUCAAGGAACGCACGCUGACGGGGAUGAGGCACCACAGGAGCAAAUCUCGCUAGUCGAAGGCGGCCCGGGGGAAGAGGACGAGUCCGUCGUGUAUGAAGUUCGUGCCAGGGCGUAUAAGCUCGCUGCUCCCGAUGACGAUGAUGACGAAGGCUCCAAGGAGAAAAAGAAGCCCUCCGCGUGGAAGCUGCAGGGAGUCGGUCCCCUGCGUCUGCUCAAGCACAAGGAUACGGGUGCGGUGCGCAUGCUGAUGCGUGUCGAACCCAGAGGCAAUGUCGCGCUCAACAAGACCAUCCUCCCCAACUUCACCUACAAGCCUGAUGCUGCGGCCCCCAAGAACAUCAAGAUCACCACAGCGACGGACGAUGGCAAGGGUCUGGAGACUUGGAUGCUAACCACCAAGACGACGCAGGCUUUGGCCGAUGCGUUGGAGGAGCACAAGAAGGCCAAUGAAAAGAAGGAUUAA